UAGAAAUUUCUUGGAUUGACCCCCCCUGGAAGAUUUCAAACUGCUUCCAAAUAUUAAGAACAUUCCUUGCUGCAAGGUAAUAAACUUUAAUUUUAAAGUUUGCAGCGAAGACUGUUUCUCCGAGUCUCUUCCUCCGAUCAAUUGCAGUUCUGCUAAAUUAAAAGAGCUCCUCUCAACUCGCUGCUCGUGCCUUCCUCCUAACGCCAUGGCUUCCGCUCUCGCCUCCUCCCGGUGCGUCUCCUCCGUGGCUGGCCUUGCGGUCGCUGCCAAGCCCGCUGCCAUGACCGGCCCCCGGGUUGUGGCCCCCCGCGCAGCUCUCCCCAGCUUUAAGAAGAUUGCUCAGACCGCGGGUGUGUCGGUCGCCACCCUUGCCGUUGCUUUCAGCGCCAACGCUGCUAACAUUAAGAUGGGGGGAGACGGUGGCGAGCUCGCCUUCAUCCCUAGCUCUGUGAAUGUGUCUGCUGGCGAGACCAUCACUUUCACGAACAAUGCUGGGUUCCCCCACAACAUCGUGUUCGAUGAGGAUGCGGUUCCUGCAGGCGUGGACGCUGGCGCUCUGUCUCACGAUGACCUCGUCAACGCCAAGGGUGACGUUGUGACCAUCACCUUGACCAAGGCUGGCGAGUACGAGUACUAUUGCGAGCCUCACCAGGGAGCGGGCAUGACUGGCAAGAUCACCGUCAGCUAAGCCGACUGUGAAACACUGAGCGAGGUUAACUUGAGGGUUGGGUAUUCGAUUUGAUGGGUUGACAAAAACGUGUUGAGCGAGUUGCGACAUUUAUAAGUCCGGUUACUGCUCUCAUAGCCAAGUUCUGCCCGCAGUUGUUUCAUUGCCAUACUGCACAUUCUUGGUUGAAUCCAUUCAAACCAGAGCGUCCCGUAAGUCCAUGUUGCUCGUCGUGCCCACGUCGAUUGAUGCAUUCAAAUAUCAGCAAGGCUCAAAACAGCCGUGUGCUUACCUGUUCUAUGCAUCUGAAAGGCCAUG